AUGACAAUUUUUAGAGUUUGUCUUUUUUCAAUACCUUCACAUACAUACACUCAAUUCCUAGAGGAAGAUUUUAUUAAAGUUUUGGUUUUUUUGGCUAUAAAUUCAAAGGUAAAAGAAAAUAUAACAAUUAGAGUUUUGAUAGAUUUUAUUUUAGCAAAUAUAAUAGUAUUUUAUUGUUUUUAUAAUUCAUUAAUUAGUAUUCAUAUUCUUAUCAAUAUUUACAAAAUUUUUCAAAAUGGUGGAGGAACAUUUUCAAAAUGUAAAUCAAUUUUAUAUUCAAUACCAACUUUAAUAUCAAUAUUUUUAUUCUACAUUGGAUUUACAAAUUUUGACAGUUUAAUGGAAAAGUUAUUUUUAUUAUGUAUUUCAAUGACAUUAUUGAAUGAUUUUAAGGUAACCACACUUUUUAUGAAAAAAAAAUAA